AUGGAAAAAUCGAAGGAGCUUUCGGGGGCUCAAAAACGUAAACAGAAAAAGAUUCUUUGGGAAAAACGAGAAAGUGAAAAUUCAAAGAUUCGAAAAAUAACCAGUUUGUUUGAUCGUGUAAGUACAUCUGCAACUGCUAGCAAUGAAGCCAACUCCAAAGGACAGAUGGAUACAGGAGACAACGAUAUAGGUCUAGUUGUUUCUGAAACUGAGAUUGAAUCCCAAGAAUGUACUGAAUGUUCCAGUGGUUCCAUACGUCAGGGUUAGUGAACUUUUUUAUUCAUUAUAUAUUGCCUUUUAAAAUUGACAUAGCAAAGUAAUAAGUUAAAAUUGCUUGAAUUAAGACCUGAAAUGUUUGUUUGAUUUCAUGGAAAUAUGUUUGUACUAAUUUCCAGGAAAUUUUAAAAGUGUGAAAUUAAGUGAGACAGCAGAAAGUCCAGAUGGUGAUGAUCACAUUGGCCAUACGAUGAGCAAAUCAUUAGAUGAAUCUGAAUUGAGUACUAAUAUACCAGUAGCCGGUAUUGUGAAAAUAAUUAUAUCUUGUAGAAUUGCACAUAGGGUAGGCCUAUGACUUAAUCUGAUCAUACUGUACACAUGCCAGCUAUUCCAGAGUAGGUCAUAUAAUAAUGUGUGUUUCUAUGAGGCAUUUUUGUAUGUGUCAAAUGUAAAUAAAUAGCUUCUCCUGUGUAAUAAAAUGUUACUUUCAGAUCUCAGAAAAUGCUCAGAACUGGAAGAUUUUGAUCCCUGUGCUACCUACCCAUCAGAUCGUGGACAUUUCAGAGACAGGUUAUCUGAUGAUUUGGUUGAAGUUCUGGUGAAGGUUGGCAGCUGCCAACCAAACACAAUCAUAAAUACGCAGGGUGGACGAAAGUUUAAUCCUGCACUGUACUACUACAGGCAAGUAUACAAUGUGUGUUAAUUUGUAUUUCAAUGUGCGCAUUGUUAGUGUUAAUCAUUGAUUAAAAAUUCAUGGGAAAUUUUUAUUAUAAAUAUAUUCUGAAAGGAAUGUAGAAGUAAAAAGUUUUAUACCUUUCUGUGUAGGGAUUUGAAGUUGUUUUCAGUGAAAAGGAAUUGGUUCAGCUGCUCUGA